AAUUCUCAGCACGAGAUCUAACAUCUCCCUUCUCGAAACUCAAGGCUUUUUAUCAAAUUAAAUCUUUAUUUUUCAUUUUACUUUUUAUUUUCAUUUUGCCGGGAGAAAGAAAAAAAGAACGAAAAAGAGGGAAAGAGAAACCCGCUCAUAAUUUGGCAAAUUUUUUUGAAACAUUUUCACCUUAAGCGCGCUUCUAUUGAUUCCCUCUUUUUUUUUUUUUAAUUUCUCUUUCUAUAUUCCAAUUCUCGACAUAACUCACUUCUAUUCCACUCCAAUUCUAGGGUUUCACUUCCACUUAGGUUUUCAAUCUAUUCACACGAUUCACUUUUUCUCCAAUUUCCAUGGCUACCGAAACCCUAAUUGAUAACAAACCAUCUCUUCCAGCUAAUGAAAACAAAGCUGCUGAUGAAGAUGUUUUGACUGAAGUUGACGAAUUGAAAGAGAAGAAAGAGAUCAACGAGCAUGAUGAAACUGACGAAGGAGAUGAAGGUACUGACGGAGAUGACGAGGAGGAAGAGGCUAAGGGGAGUCAGUUGAGGAAAGAGGUGACACCUGAGAAGAAGAGUCCGGUUACGCCGACCAGUGACAGGCCGACCAGGGAGCGGAAGGUGGUGGAGCGAUACACUGUAUCGUCACCAGGCAAGUUGGGAAAGUCUGCAGCUAGUAAAGUUUUGGUAAUUGAAAAGGGACGUGGUACUCAGCUUAAGGAUAUUCCAAAUGUGGCUUUCAAUUUGUCAAAGAGAAAAGCUGAUGACAACCUGAAUAUGCUUCACAAACUACUAUUUGGGAAGAUAGCAAAGGCAUUCAAUAUGAAGAGGAAUAUAGGCCAGUUUUCUGGUUAUGUAUGGGCUGAAAAUGAGGAAAAACAGAGGAUAAAGGUAAAGGAGAGGAUUGAUAAAAUUGUGAAAGAAAAGUUGGCAGACUUCUGUGAUGUGCUAAAUAUUCCAAUCAACAAGAGUUCAAGGAAGGAGGAUCUGUCUAUAAAGCUGUUGGAAUUUCUGGAGGCCCCACAUGUUACUACUGAUGUUCUGCUUGCUGAAAAAAAACUGAAAGCUAAGAAGAAGCGAACUAGAAAAGCAACCACUGGUAAAUCUCCCAAGGAAGCAUCCACAGAAACACCAGCAAAGAAAAAGCAAACUCCACAAUCUGGAAAAAAACGAAAACCAUCGUCUGAUGUUGUAGAUGAUGAUAAAGCCGAACUUUCAGAUGCAAAAGAUGAGUCAGAAGAUGAAGAUGAAGAUGUUGUAGUGGCAAAUAAUGGAACUGAUGACGAGAUGGGUAAAUCAGAGGAAGAUGUAGAGGAAGAGGAAGAUAUUUCAAAAGCUCACAAGAUUAAGUCCAAACAGUCUGAGAAUGAAGAUUCAGUUGCUAAAGCUGAAGCUAAAAUCCCAUCUGUUAAGAAAACCUCUGCAAAAGCUACCCAAAGCAGUGAAAAAUCUUCAAAAAAAUCAAAAUCAAAGAAAUCCACUACUGAUCAUGAUUCUGCCUCUCUUCCCAAGUCAAACCAACCUGUCACCAAGAAGCAGAAAACUGGAAAGGAAAAGCAGGACACUAAGGAGAAGGAUGCUAUCAAAACCUCAAAGGCGGGUAAAGAUCAAGCAAAAAGUAAAAGUAGCAAGAAAAACAAGGUUAAAGAACCUAGCAGGGAGGACAUGCACUCAGUUGUUGCUAAUAUUCUGAAGGAAGUAGAUUUCAACACUGCAACUUUGUCUGAUAUCCUCCGCCAACUUGGUACACAUUUUGGCCUUGAUUUAAUGCAUAGAAAAGCAGAGGUGAAAACUAUCAUCACUGAUGUAAUUAGUAGCAUGUCUGAUGAGGAAGUUGACGACGAGGAAGCUGAAAAUGAUGAAGAUGGAGAUGGAGGUGUUGAUGAGGGUGGUGAUGCCAGUGAUGAAGAUGAUAAUGAAUGAUCUUUAGAUUGAAAGAUAGUGACUAUGUCAAAUAGAAGCACAAGGGACGUCCCAUAGUUAAAUUUUAUGUUGAUUCUCCUGUCAGUGGUCUAUAUACAGGUUAAGCUUUGGUAGGUAUAUUUGGUUUGAGAUGUUACCUUUUUCCUACAUAGAUGCUGGAAACUAGGAUUCUGUCUGUACCAUAUUUAGAUUCAUCCUGCACCUGAAUAGUUUGUUUUUUUUAACCUUCCGUAGCAUUGUUGCCUUCUAAUUUAAAUCAAUGUUAAAUUUAUUUGAUAGAA